CUGACUCCCUCGGCGCUGCAGGUAUUGCACUACACCGCCUUCUUUCGUUUUUUUUUACGUCUUUGUUGCAAUGCUUGGGGAACGUCGCCAUGUGUGUUUGUGUGCAAAGGAGACUGUCUGCGGGAGCAAAGAGAACCCUGGCCAAUUCGCGGUGCGAUUGUCUCGUACUUUUUUAACGGGCAUUGGGCUGGGAGGCCUGGGCUACUAUCAUUGUAUCCUUGUGUUUCCUCGCCUUGGAAUUGUUGGCUCUUUUUCCAUAUUUCUUAUCGGUUGCAGAACUAUCCCGCGGUUGUACAACACUUUCUUUUUCUUUUCCUACUGCAGUCCCGUCAAUGGAUCCGCUUAUGUCACAAUAAGUGGUGAUGACGAUACUUCUGAUAGCAAAGAUAAAAAAAAACUCCCCAUCAGCCAACCAACUAAGAGAUUCACAUGGAUAUGAAUGGAUUCCCCUUUCAGUCGCUGCUAAUACUGUCUGUUUCCUCUGCUGUCCAUCGCUGUUUAGGUCCCUAUGGAUACAUGACCCCCCGUCUCAAGAGCCUCGUCCUCUGGGAGAAGCCCGCAGUCUCGGGCGCCGUACUCGCGUCCGCGCUCGGCCUGGUGCUCACCUGCCGCUGGGUCUCGCUCCUGAACGUCGUCUGCGCCCUCUUUGUCUUCGGUAUCGCAGGCGCCUUUGUCUAUGUCAACGGUCUGUUGGUCUUCAACCGUGUCACCAACAAGGCCAACACUCCUCGCCCAUUAGAGAGGUAUUACUCGCGCUCGGCAGAAUUCUUGCACUUGGACUCGGACAACGUCCACCGCCGUGUCGACUAUGUCACUGACAGUCUGAAUGCCAUCCUCACCGAGCUCGCCAAGGUUGUUUUGAUUGAGAACAACAAACGCAGUCUGAAGUUCAUUGGUAUCUUCUACGCUAUCUGGACCCUCCGCAGCUGGUUCUCGACCACCACUCUCUUGUCCAUGAUCAUUAUUUCGCUCUUUGCGGCACCCCGCAUUUACCUCGACAACCAGUCCUUGAUUGAUGCCAAUGUCGCCAAGACCAACAACCUCGUUCAACAGCAUGUCGGUAAAGGACGCCAGGUUGCUCAGGAGCAGUGGUCUUCCGUCUACACUAAGGCUGAGCAGUUCGCCAAGGACAAGGGACUCAUGAAGAAGUCGGAUAAGAAGCUCGAAUAAGCAAGCAUCUUAAUCAUCCUCUCGAAGGCAACCCCUCCAUUUCCUUUUUUCUUGUAUCUACUCAUUUGGCUUGCGCCUGUUUAUAUUUCAUUGUUAUAUAGUCUUUUUUUUUUUUUU